AUGGAGAAGGGCAUGGUAGGGGAUAUCUGCGCUGUGACGUCCACAGUCUUUGCCGGCAUGUUUGCAGGUGGUGCUCUUGGUAGUAAUGUCUUCACCAUGCCGGCUUUGAUGAAGAUUAAGGAUACAUCGGCGAUGCGAACUGGCUGGAAACACCACUUUCUUGACGGAUCUAGAUAUAUGCCAAGACUAGCAUUGGCCAGUAUAGUAGCCGGAAGUAUAGCUUGUUACCUUGACGACACGGAUAACAAAUAUUAUUGGCUGGCCGGAGCAGGAACCAUGUUUUCCCUAAUUCCAUAUACGAUGUUUGUAAUUAUUCCUGACGUGAAUAUACUUCUCAAAGAUGACGUCAUAGAACAGAGAGGCGAAGAAUGGGUACGAACCAAUGUUGAUAAGUGGGGUAAACGGCACUUAGUGCGCAGCGCUGUGUCCUCAGCUGCCUUCGGGACCUAUCUGUUUGCCCUACUAAGAAGAAAAUCUUAUUUUUAG